UUGUCUGAAGCAUUUAACGUACAAAGGUUGUCUUCUUUCAAACUUUAUCAUAAAUGUAUCGAUUUGUCAGAAAGCUGAAAAUGUAUUAUUCACUGUGUGCAUUAAGCAAAGUAUCGCUCAUUUGACUAUUUAUGUACUAAGGAACGUUUGUGCAUUAAGUUUAAUGUUCAGACAUUUGCGAUCAAGUGCACUCUGUUGGCAGAAGAAUACAUACAGAAUUUUGUAAACGAUGAAUUCAACAGUGGAAAUUCCUUCACAAACUUUCUUCAUAUUUGUAAUUACAAUUGAAUCAUUGUGUGUAAUUAUUGGAGUUACGGGCAAUCUUUUUGUGAUAUUGCACAAUGUUCGUUGGAAUACAGAUAAAAAUACGAGCAGUUAUGUGGUUAUAAAUUUGGCCGUUUCAGAUCUUGUCGUUUGUGGGAUCUCUUUUCCAUUGUAUAUUGUAGAGGCGAGUCGUGUCUUGAUGGGAAAUACUGAAAAAUCUGACGUAUCUUGUCAAUUAAACACUUCUAUUUUUUGUGCGACUGUAUCGCUUUCUUUUCUAAAUCUCAUGAUGCUCACAAUUGAUCGUUACAUUUGUAUUGCAUUACCCCUAAAGUAUCCUCACAUUGUCACCCAAAGAAAGGUGUCUGUAGCUUUGGUUUCAGUAUGGAUCACUGGCUUUCUUAGUUUUAUUAUGAUGUUUUUCACCGCAAGAGCUACCGACGUGCCAUUGAUAUGCGAGAUGAACAAAAUAAUGGCUUCAGUUGUUGGUUUUUUCUUUUUUUAUGUUCCACUUGGUGUUACGAUCGUUUUUAAUGUGAAAACUGUAAAAAUUGCUCGAAACCAAGGUCGAAAAAUAGCAGCACAAGCUUCAUCACUACAAACAAGUGAUUCAACCUCUACAGAUGAUUUGAACUCAAGAAAAAACUUCACACGACAGUUGAAACUGUUCAAAACAAUCCGUGUCGUUUUUGGUUGUUUUUUAUUCUGUGUAUCACCAUUUCCUGUGAUAGGUUUUGUGGAGUUUAUCAUUUGCAAUCGGGGCUGUAUUCCUCCAGAAGUUAUAGUUGUCUUACUGCUUUUAGCUGGUCUGAAUUCAAUUAUAAACCCUUUCAUAUAUGGCAUACGAGACAAGGAAUACAGAAGAUCUUUCAAGCAAAUGCUUGUGCGAUGCUGCAAUUGGUUUAGGUGACUGAAACUUGAAAUUUUUGUUCUACGUAUCAUAUACAAGAAUGGAAGAGGCUAUCAUGACGUUGGACUUGCUCAUUUUAACACUUGAAGUAUUAAUAAGAUCUAAGUUGAAAAUGCAACGAUAAUUAACAACAUUUUAUUAUCAACAUAAGAUUAUCAAUAUUAGAUUGUCAACAUAAGAUUAUCAACAUUGGAUUAUCAACAUAGGAUUAUCAAUAUUUGAUUAUCAACAUAAGAUUAUCAACAUAAGAUUAUCAAAAUAAGAUUAUCAACAUAUGAUUAUCAACAUAACAUUAUCAAUAUAAGAUUUUAUCAACAUAAGAUUAUCAACAUAAGAUUAUCAACAUUAGAUUAUCAACAUAAGAUUAUCAACAUAACAUUAUCAACAUAAUUUAUCAACAUAAGAUUAUCAACAUUAGAUUAUCAGCAUAAGAUUAUCAACAUUGGAUUAUCAGCAUAAGAUAGAAGCUGAUUUGAGCUUAAGCUGUGAGAGAAAAUAGUCAGUCGAGUUUAUUCUAACUCGUAGCGAAUGUUGUACUACAAGUUACAUUUGAUUAAAAAUAAUUUAUCUUGUUAAUGGAGAGUUAAAUCGAAAAGUGUUAAAGCAAUUUUUCUUGAUCGAUUGUUUGUGACAAAAUUUAAUGUUUACUGGUGAAAAAUAAAAUCAUCAAAAUCAAUAAACAUGUAAAUUUAAUAACUCGAAGUGAGUACCAUUUUUUCUGGACUCGUAACUUCUAAACGAUAACAUUAAUUACAAAUGUCAUUCAAAACAGUUUUAAA